AUGAAAUUCAACGUGGAGCAUUUCUUAUAUAUAUCCAUUGUGGUUAUGAUUAUUUUUUCGGUAUCUGCUAUUAUUUCUGACUCUGGGCAGACAGAAGCCUCAGAAAAAGACAACGCAGGAAGCGAAAGCCCAGAGAAGGAUGCUAGUGCCGAAAACAAUUCUGAAAAACCCUCUGGUACAAAAUAG